UCGCGCACCGACAUGGCGGCGGCGGAGGGUGGCGGCGGCGACGGCUGCGACGGCGUGUGGCCGGACCUGACGGUGCAGCGGGCCGAGCUGCGGUCGCUGCUGGCUAUGGCCCUCCGGCCGGGGGAAUCCUGGUACCUGGUGGACAGCCGGUGGUUCAGGCGGUGGAAGAAGUACGUGGGCUUCGACAGCUGGGACAUGUCCGGUGUGGGCGAUCCCAGAUUCUUCCCCGGGCCUAUCGACAAUUCGGGUCUCUUCAGCGAUCCAGAAACGCAGAGUUUAAAAGAACACCUCAUUGAUGUGCUAGAUUACGUAUUGGUUCCUACUGAAGCCUGGAAUAAACUAGUAGCAUGGUAUGGUUGCGUAGAUGGACAGCAGCCUAUUGUGAGGAAAGUAGUGGACUUUGGUGUGUUUGCGAAGCGCUAUAAGGUUGAAGUUUAUCUUCUUGAGCUGAAGCUGUGUGAGCGCAGCAAUCCUGACAAUGUAAUUAGCUGCCACUUCAGUAAAGCAGACACUGUUGCUACCAUCGAGAAAGAAAUGAGAAAGCUAUUUAAUAUCCCAGCUGAGAAAGAAACUAGAUUAUGGAACAGGUAUAUGAGUAACAUGUAUGUGCAGCUCAGCAGGCUGGAUAGCACAGUGCAAGAUGCGGGGCUCUAUCAAGGUCAGGUUGUUCUAAUAGAAGUGAAAAAUGAAGAUGGCACGUGUCCUGGACAGCAUUUCCUGGCAAAAUCAAGCACUGCAACUAGCAGAAACUUUACUACCUCUUCAAAAUCAUCAGCAAGUUCUUAUUCCUCAGUGUCUGCCACCUCUGUCAUUACUAACGGUGAUAACAGUAACUCCUAUGGACUGAACAGCUCCCACCUGGGCAGGGGAGGUUCUGGAUUUGUCUGUAACUCUUACAGCUGCAGGGACAGCGCUUCCCUGACACAGCCUGGACUCUGCGGACUCAGUAACCUUGGAAAUACCUGCUUCAUGAAUUCUGCAUUACAGUGUCUAAGCAAUACACCUCCUCUGACUGAUUAUUUCCUGGAAGAUAAAUAUGAAGCUGAAAUAAAUCAGAACAAUCCACUGGAGAUGAGAGGAGAAACUGCAGAGGCCUAUGCAGAGCUCAUUAAACAGAUUUGGUCUGGGAGACAGUCUUAUGUGGCCCCUCGGAUGUUUAAAGCUUUGCAUGGUACAGUUUUGAAGUUGAGGGUAUAUGCCUUUGAGACCUUGGAGCAAAAGUCUUAUGGACCACAGAAAUCUGUCCUCUGUAGAGUGAUACGUAGUUCUGAAACAACAAGAUAUUGUUUGAUUUCUGUCACUUUGAGUUGCUGGCACAUCAUUCACUGCUAUUGAAGCUUUCUGUAAACUUCUGUUCAGAGGAAGUAUGUGAAUCUGUAGUGGACAUCAAUAAAAGUGUCUUAAUGUGGGCUGUUGUUGUUUUAAGACUGGAACAGGGAUUACUCUUUAUUUCCUAGUGCAGGUCACUUGUGACUUUUCUAACAAUUCUUGCUGAUACAGUGAGUGUUAACUAUCUCCGUAAUACAAACAACCCUUCAGUUUGGGUUCCAUUACAGUUGUCAUCUUUGACUGGUUAAAAUGUACUAAGCAUAAUUCUGCAAGUCUGUUGGACUGUGUAUUUAUGAGAAAGCUAGCGAUGGUCACUAGGGCUGACUACUCCUUCAGCUAAUUGUUGGUUUUCCUGUGGGACCCCUUUCUAUUGUUGUUUUUUUUUUAGAAGCAGGAACACUUAAGUGGCAGUGUUGUGACGUAGCACUUAGGAAAUAAGAGGCUGCAUAUGGGUGUGUUGUUUCUGCUGCUUGCUAACUAAGGCUGUUAAGUUUCUUAGGUUCAUAUCACGAUUCUUAGAAUAGCUAGAGAUUACUGUGGCGAGAUUUUCAAUCUUAGUUUUAAGCCAGUUUUGUUAGUUUAUAAGUAUCUUCUGCAAGCAUUUUCAAUCUUGCGGUCUACCUGCUUCAAGGUGCUAUCCUAUAGCAGGUCUGUACUAUGGCAGCUGUAGGUUUCUGAAACAGAAAUUGAAUUACAAAAUGCAUCCGGCAGCUAGGUUUGUACUUGCAUGUGGAUUUGAAGGGGACUGGGAGCAUUUUCACGUGGAGGUGCCAGGGGUGUCCCUCAGACAAGGGUCUUGAACACACGCCCUGGGCAUGGGGUUGUAAGCAGUCAUUUUGUCCCCCUGGUAGACAGCAGAGUAUUAGACGAAAUGAACUGUUAGGCCAGAUUUCCUAUGUGUGCUCCCUCAUGGCCUCUAGACAAACGUCAUGCCUGAGCUAGAUUUAAACCCAGGCUGAAUAGGGUGCACGGAAGCACUGGUCAAGACGAGGGAGAACCAAGGUGUAAGUGAUUUGGCACAGCCGUGGAUCUCGAUGAAUUCCUGGUGUUUGGUGCAUCUCCUUAAGAGGUUUAACUGGAGGUUUUUUACCUUUCUGGUGCCAUGGAAAUGGGUACACUGAUCUUAAAGCAACUUUACGUUUUAUUUAAUUUAUAUCUGAAUUCAAACAGCCUUGGGCUCCAGUUACCCCCUUUACCUAGUAAUUCUGUUAUGCCAUUUUCCUGACAGAGGCCAGAAAAAUCUCUUCUGUUUGUUUUUUUCUUCCUGUCUUUUUUGUCCUGUUUCCCAGUCAACGCUGAUAUUUGAGCCCCUUGCAGACACUUCUUUGUUGCUCUGAAGUUGGCAAACAUCGUGCUCCCAUUAAAAUGAGGCACGUAAUAGUGAAGUGUCUUUCCCUAAGUGAACUCACGCUCCCCUGAUUAGGCUUUUGCCUGUUGUCAUGGUACAACCAGCUGCAGCAUACUGACAAAUGCAGAGUCCAGAGUAACUACAUUGGGUAGAACAAUGCUUUAGGAGCCUCUAAAAGCCAGAUACAAUAAUGAUUUUUAGGAAGUGUAUGUGACUAGUUGUUAUUUCUCUUAAUGGGCAAUAAUUUCAUGUCUCUUGCCUUUUCUUGCUUAAUACAGUACAUGUGGCAACACCACAAGAAGGAGUACAUUUGAUCUUUUUUUCUCUCGAAGAAAUGCUGAUAAUUGUGGGAUUGAAAAGAUGCCCACCAUGCCUUCAUUUUAUGUGGGUACUUCCUUUCGUGCAGUGUAGGAGAUGCACGCGUGUUUCUGCCUUGCAUCCCUAUCACUGCACUUGUUGGAGUUUAUGACUCUGUUCCCAUCUCAGCAUCCUGGUUAGCAACUGUGUGUGUAUCUAUGCACUUAUUUAACUUGAGAUAUAAUAUAUCAAAAUACAUGGUAUUGUACCAUAAAUGAAGUCUCAUGCUAGGAAGAGCCUUUGAUUGCAUUGAAUAGACAAAUGCCCGUGAUCAGAUGCCCUUAAGUAAAGAGUUUGUAAGUUGUAUUGUGAAAGCCUUCAAGGGAUUGUAAGUUGUCUCCUUUUAUACUUUUUGUAAGACAUGGACCUUCAUUUUUCUACUUUUUUUUUUUUUUUUCCUGGAAGCUGUAACCGCAGUUGUCUGUGAGAAGCAGGAGGCAGCAGUCUGUUCCUCGUGGAGGAGAGUGGAGCAUAUCUCGUUAGCAGCUUGCUGUCCUGAAUAGCAGCGUGUAACCGUCACUGUCUCCUUGGCUCCAUUCAUGCUUUUGGCAUUGUGUGCGCCAAGGAAUACCUGAUCAAGUGACUCGGCCAAAAUAGAUACAUUACGUUUGACUUGAUGCAGGGUCUUAGUUUCACUGAGAAGAAAUCUUGGUGUGUUAUGCUGGAUGCACUGGUAGACACUCCCUUUCUGUGAAACUUACCCGUCAGUAUCAAUUUUCUCAGUUUUUUCUCAGUUUUCUUUGAUCCCUGUGCUUAGUCUUAAAUAAACGAAGAAAGUGUAUAGUGGUUGUACCAGAGCAUUAAAUAGGCAUCCACAGCUUGCUGCCAGCUUCCUAUGGGCUGCAUAAUGAACACUUAUCCAUGACAGAAACCAGAAAGUAUCUAUUACCUUUAAUUGAGUGUUUCUUUGUUCAUAUUUGGAGAUUUAGUUUGUAGGAAAAGGCAUUCUCAGCAAUGAAAAUGGCUAUAUUGGGUUACUAACAGCCAGCUGAUCUCCGUGCUGGAGAGCUGGAUCCCUGCGGUAGAAAGGAAUUAAUUAGGAGACAUCAACACAUCAAGUGCACGCACACUUGAGUUGUUCUUUAUUUGGUAUGUUCAGGACGUGAAAGGAAACAGUUGUAUUGGUAGGUGUUUUGAGGUGAUAACCACCAGUGCUGUAGCUCACUCCUGAGCCUCAUCGCUAGGUUUCUCUUUCAAAUUGAGUCUGAAGCCCCUGGCUUGGGUAUGGGACUACAGGUAAUUCUGCUCUGUCCUGGAAUUUUUGCUCCUGUUGCAUAAUACUUGCUUUUAGACAAAAGCUGAGGCAUUAAUUUGGGGAUUUGUUCACAGGCUUUUGUUACAAUUGGGGCAAAGAGUUGCAUAAAUGUUUCUUCAGAAAUUAGCAAUUGCUCAAGUUUCAAAGGAUCUUGCAGCCUUCAUGCUCAGAGGUGUUAGAAAACGGAUCAUGUCCUCAAGCAUUGGUGCAGUAUGCAAACAUACACCCCAUCUUUGUAAUCCAGGCUGAGGUGCAUGCCGCUUCUUGAGAAAAUAAGCGAAUUUUAUUUUAUAUCUGCCUUUAUUAUUUACAGGACCAUUCUCAGGGGAACAAUUAUUAACUAACCAAUUGAUUAUGUGCAUUUAAUCCAGAAAUUCCUUUGCCUUUGUUGGGAAGCUGGGUGGGAAAGGGAAGGCGGGUGCGUGUUGGUGGUUCUAACGUGUUGCUUUUGUGCUGUUAUAGGAGCUUGUCAGACCUGAAGAAGGAAGAGAUAUGGCAAACCGCAUUGGUGCAUGUGGGUGUAUGGAGUGUUUGGCAAAGACCAAAGACUGUGUGAGGGAGGUUUUUGAAAUGGCCACUAGAGCUGCUUUGCAAGCCUGGCGU